AUGUUCUGGUGCCACAUUGAGCUUACCCUUUACACCCUACUUCACAUUCUAUUAAUUAUUGAAGCUUCCAAAAAAUCUCAUUCAGACUGGCUAUUUCCUUCUCUCGGAGCUCGUAUAUAUUCAUCUGAGAAACGGGGGACAUAUUUCGGCUACUCAGUGGCUAGCUAUGUUGGCCAAUCUCAGUCCUUCUGUCUCGUUGGUGCACCGAAAGGUGUAAAUACCUACGAUUUCCUGGGACCGGAACCUACAGAUAACCCCAGUUAUCAGGACUCACUCACUUCAAUGUUCGAAAAUACCACUGGAUUAAUCUAUCGAUUGGAUUUAGAUUUUGAGUACCCUGAUUGUAGCCGAAUGCCCAUUGCAGAUAACAAUGAAGACAGACGGUUGUAUGGGACUAAGGAACCUGGACGUAUGUUUUAA